CCCACAGAGCUCUGAGCCUAGGAUCGCACCUGCUCACAGGUUAUUAUUGGUUGUUAUCGAUGGUAUUUUGAGAGCAAACUGGGCUGAAUGUGGCCCUAAACUAAAAAUGAGUUUGACACCCCUGCGGUAGAGGAAGUCGUGGAAACCGGGACAGGCCAGACAGCAGCUAUGUGUCGACUCCUCCUCCCCUUCCUCUCCUCCUCUUCCUCCCCCUCCUCUCUCAGGAGCCGCCGAGCCUCGUCUUUUCACCGAGGAGAUUCCGAAAGCCGGAGUAAUAGCUAAACCUCGUACAGCCAUGGCAGAAAACGCCGGCUUGGAAAACCACCGCAUCAAGAGCUUUAAAAACAAGGGACGCGAUGUCGAGACUAUGAGAAGACAUCGAAAUGAGGUGACGGUCGAGUUGAGAAAGAACAAACGAGACGAACAUUUACUGAAGAAGAGGAACGUCCCGGUGGAGGUGUGUCUGGAGGACGCCGAUAUCGACUUAGACUUCAAAGGAAAUGUUACACUUGAUGCCAUCUUACAGAGUGUGACCAGUGAUAACGCAGUUACACAACUCAGUGCUGUACAGGCCGCCAGAAAACUGCUCUCGAGUGACAGAAACCCUCCCAUCGACGACUUGAUAAAGUCUGGGAUCCUGCCCAGUUUAGUCAAAUGCCUGGAGAGGGACGACAAUCCCUCUCUUCAGUUUGAGGCGGCUUGGGCUCUGACCAACAUCGCCUCUGGGACGUCAGCACAGACUCAGGCUGUGGUUAAAUCCAAUGCAGUGCCCUUGUUCCUGCGGCUGCUAAACUCUCCCCACCAGAACGUAUGCGAACAAGCUGUAUGGGCCUUAGGAAACAUUAUAGGUGACGGCCCACAGUGCAGGGACUACGUCAUCUCCCUGGGCGUGGUCAAGCCUCUGCUUUCUUUCAUCAACCCAGCGAUCCCCAUCACCUUCCUUCGCAAUGUUACCUGGGUCAUUGUUAACCUCUGCCGUAACAAGGACCCACCACCACCUAUGGAGACUGUGCAAGAGAUUUUGCCCGCCCUCUGCGUGCUAAUAUAUCACACUGAUAUAAAUAUCCUAGUAGACACCGUGUGGGCUCUGUCUUAUCUGACGGACGGAGGCAACGAGCAGAUCCAGAUGGUCAUCGACUCUGGCAUCGUUCCCUUUCUUGUGCCUCUACUCAGCCAUCAGGAGGUGAAAGUUCAGACGGCGGGUCUGAGGGCAGUGGGGAACAUCGUGACUGGGACGGACGAGCAGACACAAGUGGUUCUCAACUGCGAUGUCCUGUCACACUUCCCCAACCUGCUCACGCACCCAAAAGAAAAGAUCAAUAAGGAAGCCGUCUGGUUCCUGUCCAACAUCACAGCUGGGAACCAGCAGCAGGUCCAAGCUGUGAUCGAUGCCGGGCUCAUUCCUAUGAUCAUUCACCAACUAGCUAAGGGAGAUUUUGGCACUCAGAAGGAGGCAGCAUGGGCCAUCAGCAACCUCACCAUCAGUGGGAGGAAAGACCAGGUGGAGUUCCUAGUGGACCAGAACGUCAUCCCUCCGUUCUGUAACCUGCUGUCGGUGAAGGACUCGCAGGUGGUGCAAGUCGUCCUGGACGGCCUCAAGAACAUCCUCAUCAUGGCGGGAGACGAAGCCAGCGCUAUCGCGGAGAUCAUAGAGGAGUGCGGAGGUUUGGAGAAGAUAGAAAAUUUGCAGCAGCACGAGAACGAGGACAUCUACAAACUAGCCUUUGAGAUUAUUGAUCAGUACUUUUCAGGAGAUGAUAUUGAUGAAGACCCUAGCUUGAUCCCUGAAACCACUCAAGGAGGAACCUUCAACUUUGACCCAGCUUCCAACAUGCAAACGAAGGAGUUUAAUUUCUAAAAAAAAAAAGAAAAAAGAAAGAAAAAAACCCAGGAUGUUUGGUUCAACCAGUUGCACGGGUACUCUGUAAUCACCCCAGACAUUCAUCCAUCUCUCCUCCAAUCUGGCAACCUGGUACGGACGGAUUUACUUACAUCACUUCAACACGGAAACUCACCACUGAAGUGUUUACCUGCGACCCACCUCUCUGCACUGUGGGGUGUUUAUUGUUUUUGCUUUUUUUUUUUUUUUUUUUUUUAUUUUUUUUUCCGUUUUUCCUUUAUUUUUAAACGGUCAUCCUUCACAGAACACUGAAACCCUUCACAGGAGUCCUGGUUAUUCAAAAAAAGACACUGUCACCAUCCGGCAUCAGGAGGAUUCUCUGCCAGUGCUUCUAAGUAUCACACAAAAACAAAACCAGAAGGAAGCGAAAAGCCUUCGGGGGCAAGACGUAAUUGCCAAAUGUUGAUUCUUCACGAAGACAAAAAAAAAACAACAAAAAAAACACAAGCACACGUUCAGACACCUGUACGCACACACACACACUCUCAUAUAUAUACACAUACCUUUUGACACUUAGGAUUUGUGUGCAUACUUCUGUUAGAAGGCGUCAUAUCACUAACGGGGGGAAGAAAUACUGCUGUUUGUUUGUGGUUUAAUUUUGUGCUUUCCCCUCCCCUGGAUUGUCCUCUGGUGUUACUUCACCCACGCGCGCGCGCACGCACACUGACAUGACACAGCGUCAGCACACGUAGUCACACUGUUUUCUCUGGUGGCCAGGCAACACCGAUUUACCCCUCUCUCUCUCUCCCACCCAGUUUAAAGAGUUAAUCCCAGAGCUAAGCCAUGAUUAACCACGGACCCCCGCUGCCCACCCAGGAGAGUCCUUGGGCAGGUGGAGGGGGUGAAAGGGCUCCGAGGCAAAAUAAAAAAAAAAAAAAAAAAACAUGAAAUAAAUAAGAGGACUCCGUGGCAAACUGACUGACGGGACUUCUGACUCGACGUCGUCACUUAUUUUUAACGUGACCUCAGUUGAAUUCUCAAACUUCAUGUUUGUUUUUAAAAAGAAAAUCAUCAGAAAAUGUGAAAAAAAAAUGCCAUAAUUAAUUUAAUAUAUAUUUUUUUUCAAAUGUAAGACCUGCUUUACUGUCUACGACUAAUUCAGCAGAGCGACUUUUUUUUUUAUUUUUAUUUAAUUUUUAAUUUUUUUUUUUUUUGGGAUGUGAACACCUGGGGAGGAAGCACCUUCGGGUGAAGGCGCAGAGACUUAUUAUGAGAAGAGGAACACGGUCUGCUGUAGCGUUCAUCCCCGUUCACAGGACAUCCAUCUGAGCUCGGUCACAUCCCGUGACCCCGGAGAACUGUUGGCUCGGGACUCCCCUGUAAUGUGAAACUCGUAAAAGGGGUUGGGGAGGGCGUUUAACAAAAAAAAAAGAAGAAAAUCGUCCUGAUUUGCUCAUGUGACCUUAAGGUUAUUUUAAUUUUUUAUUAUUUUUUUUUUUUUUUAAAUUCUCUCUUUACACAAAUAAUAGUUUCAUGUUUCUCCUGGUUGAGUCUGUGGAACUUCCUUAUGUCUAUUUUUACUUUUUUUUUUCUUUUUUUUUUUUUUCUUCAGUCUUAUGCACACGUCAGAGAGGCAUAACGAUGUCUGCCUGCAGAAAGGGACCUAUACUCGCUGAAGACUUAUAAGAGGAGUACAGGUCCUGAUCUUUACAGUACUUAACUACUUUCGAUGAAAAGGUCACGUGUCAUCGCUCAAUUUGAAUAAUUGUACAAAAAAAAAAAAACGACAACACAACAAACGUGAUCUGUACCUCUCCUAAUGAAUAUAUGAAUAUAUUUACAUAAAGCCUGUACAAAGCUGCUGCAGCGGACACAGUCAUUGGACGGACGGUAACUGUCACAGAUGGCUGGGGAGGGUUCUUUUUUCUUUUUUCUUUUUUUUUUUUUUGAAGCAAUAUUUCUUUUACUGUUUUACUUUUGACUUGCGUAUGUAUUGUGAAUCGGAACAGGCUGUUUUCUUUUCUCUUCGUAGUGGUGACGGGCUGUUUUUAAAGAUUUAAAAAAAAAAAAAAAAAAAAAAAAAGUACCGUCCCAGUCGGUGCGUGGGUUCGGGGAGUUUUAAGGUGUCGCCCUUUAAUCCCGAACCCUAGCCCUCUCGAAGACUUUUUGGACGCCCCUCCCCGGUUGGCUGCUAACUACUUAGAGUGGGGGGGGUCGGAGUGAGGGUUGGUUUGGGGGUGGGGGUGGGGGGUAGGGUCACACUGGGGUUUUAAAUAUUGGGGUGGGGUUGUUAAGAGCAGCCCAGGCUUGUUUUUGGGACUAGCUGUUUAUUACUGAACAAAACUAUAGAGAGGGUGUACAGUCAUGAACUAGCAGACUAGACCGAGCCACUUUAAAGAUUUACAAUUUCGUUGCCUUGUAUCCAAAUUGGAUACAAGCUUAUGUUUGUUGCAAGAUUUUUACUUGCUAAAUGAAAAGUUGUUUUAAAUAAAAUAAUAAAGGAAAAAGCAACAGACAGCGUUUUGGCCUCUGAUUGUUUAUAUCUUUUUAUAAAUUUUAGAUUGAAUUCUUCUCUUUAAGGUGGCUCAUUGAUGCUUUCAACUCUUGUGCAUAUUAAAGACAAGAAUGAGUUGAAAAUCAUUGUGCCUUUUGUUUUUCAUUUCAAUUAAAACCAGGUUUUAUUGAAUAGAAAAAAAAGAAAUAACUCAACUGGAGAACCUUUGAGCGGGAGACGUUGGCUGCAGUAAUGUGUCGUCUCCUUGUUGUUGGAGUUUGCCAUGGGAACGGUCAAUGCUGCUCUCUGCUGUUGAGAGCAACUGCUCCCCUCCAAGACUUAUUCACCGAACAUUGUAUCGCACCAUUUCUCCCACUCAUUACUCCCCGCUGGACGCCACAAACCAUUUUCAUUUAUAUAUCUCAGUCAGGGAGACUUGGACGUCUCCUCCCAUCUCGCCCUCAGGACAUUAUCUGUGUUUCUGAUUCUAACCAAAAUAAACUUGCUGUUUAGCCGUUGGAUCCUU